CUGCACGCUCGCCCGCAGAGGAGUCAUGUACCGGCGCAGCUACGUCUUCCAGGCCCGCAAGGAGCAGUACGAGCGCGCCGAGGAGGCGCCGCACGCAGCCGAGCCGGACAGCCUGGUGGAGGGCCGGGCUGCCGCGCCGAGCCUGGCGCAGCUGCAAGGGCUCGGCGAGCGCGUGGCCGCCCACGUCCAGCGGGCCCGAGCGCUCGAGCAGCGCCACGCCGUCCUGCGGAGGCAGCUGGACGCCUUCCAGCGCCUGGACGAGCUGGCCGGUCCCGAGGAUGCCCUCGCCCGCCACGUCGAGGGCAACCGCCAGCGCGCCCGGGAUUUGGCUGCCGAGCGCACCCGAUUGGAGCGCCAGGGCGCAGAGGCGCAGCGCGCCCUCUGCGAGUUCCGAAGCAAGUAUGAAAACGAGUGUGAGUGUCAGCUGCUGCUGAAAGACAUGCUCAAACGGCUAAACAAGGAGGCAGAUGAAGCCCUGCUGAGUAACCUGCGCCUUCAGAUCGAAGCCCAGUUUCUGCAGGAUGACAUCAGUGCGGCCAAGGACAGGUACAAAAAGAAUCUUCUGGAGAUUCAGACCUAUGUCAGCAUCCUGCAGCAGAUCAUCCAGACCACCCCGCAAGCAGCCGCCAUAACCAGUGGCAUGAGGGAGGCGAAGCUCUUGACGGAAAGGGAGGUGGCCACCCUGCAGAGCCAGCUGGAGGACGGCCAAGAGGUGCUCUGCCUCCUGCAGGCCCAGAGAGCCGAGCUGCAGGCCCAGACGGCGGCCCUAGAACAGGCCAUCAAAGAUGCCCAUGAGUGCUACGAUGAAGAGAUUCAGCUCUACAACGAGCAGAUUGACACCCUGCGGAAGGAGAUUGAGGAGGCCGAGAGAAGCCUGGAGAGGUCAUCCUACGACUGCCGGCAGCUGGUGGUCGCCCAGCAGACCCUGAGGAAUGAGCUGGACCGGUAUCACCGGAUCAUCGAGAACGAAGGCAACAGGCUGAGCUCCGCCUUCAUUGAAACUCCGAUCACUCUGUACACUGUGAGCCAUGGAGCCUCCCUCAGCCCACGACACGGUGGGAAAGAUCUCGCCAGGGCUGUGCAGGAUAUAACAAUAGCAAAACCAAGACAAAAAGGCCUCCCCAAGAACGUUCCAAGGAAAAAGGAGAUUAUAGCGAAAGACAAAGCAGAUGAAAGUCUGGAAGAGGCACCACUGAGAGGUCCUGAAGACCUGAAGCCAGGGCAGGUGGUACUUAAAGAAAAGGGUGAAUCUAAGCUUGAAUCAGGGGAUGGAGAAGCAAGUCCCCCGACCAUGGACGGGGCUCCGAAGGAUGUCCCAGACGGAGGGAAGAUAAGCAAAGCCUUUGAAAAACUAGGCAAGAUGGUCAAGGAGAGGGUGAAAGGCCCCAAAGAACCCGAGCCCCCCGCUGACCUGUACACCAAGGGGCGGUAUGUGCUGGUCUCCGGAGAUGCCAGUUUCGUGGACCCAGGCUUCUGUUCCUUCUCAGUCCCGGCCAAAGGGGGCGUGGUGGUUUCUAAGGGGGACAACUCUGUGCAUCCUGACAGCCACGUGGAGCCCUCUCCCCAGCAGCCGGAGCCCCCUCUGGAGGACGGAGAGGGGCUUCCCCAGGGGAAAGAUGGUCUGGAGGAUGGACAGGGGCCUCCCCAGGGGAAAGAAGAUGGUCUGGAGGAUGGACAGGGGCCUCCCCAGGGGAAAGAUGGUCUGGAGGAUGGACAGGGGCCUCCCCAGGGGAAAGAUGGUCUGGAGGAUGGACAGGGGCCUCCCCAGGGGAAAGAAGAUGGUCUGGAGGAUGGACAGGGGCCUCCCCAGGGGAAAGAUGGUCUGGAGGAUGGACAGGGGCCUCCCCAGGGGAAAGAUGGUCUGGAGGAUGGACAGGGGCCUCCCCAGGGGAAAGAAGAUGGACAGCUCCCCACCCCGCACACUGUAGACAAGGGGGAUGAGAUGAAUGCUGAAGAACUGAAGGGCCCCCGGGGGAAACAGGAUGGCCAGAAGGAGGAGGAGGGGGCCAGGGAGCCCUGUGUCACAGUCUCUCCUGGUCCAGAGGGGCCAUCUACACCCCAGUCUCAAGGGCCUCAGGUCACUCAGGGUGGGUCCUACGGGCCUGGAGCUUGGAGCAGCAGCCUGCCGGCGAGAAGCCCUCCCAGGACGCUGGCCUAUGAGAAGGUGGAGGUGAUGGAAUCUAUUGAGAAGUUUUCCACCGACAGCAUCCAGACAUAUGAAGAGACUGCUGUAAUUGUGGAGACCAUGAUCGAAAAGACAAAGGCAAACGAGAAAAAGCUGGAGAAGUGCUCUUCCAAUGCCUAGGCUCGAGGGGCAAAAGUGCCUUUGGGCCACUGUUGGGAAGUGCUUGGAUAUUUUAGGACAAACCAUACAAGACUGAGGGUUCUUGUUUGGAUUAGACCAUAGUUGGCCUGUCUGGCUUGCCAGUGAAGCCUUAAUUAAAGUGUUUUCUUUGCUUGCA